AGACAUCAACCACUAGUCUGCCUGACAAACUGUCAAGUGAGUGGAACAGGAUGGGGAAGACACAAGAGCUGCGAAACGCGAAUUAAUUUGUAAAAAGUAGUAACAAAAACAACUUUAAAGUUACCCAUGUCAUGGUUGGAGUUUACAACGGCUUGUAUUAGUGUCUCUCACCUCCAGAGAAGMAGCAGCAGACUGGGCGGCACGACGUGUUUUCCACCGAGAUAAGACUCGACGCAGCCCGUUUCGCAGGAUGUCAACCCCGGGCAGCAACUCUCUCCAGCAGCCGAGAGUGAGGCGCAGCAACGCGGGUUCUCCGGGUUCGUUCAGCGGCAGCGGCUGCCGCUUGCACCCCAUCCGGGCCACCGUGCCCUACCAGCUCCUGCGCGGGGGUCCGAGCAGUCCGACCCGGGCUCAAACCCUGUACGCCGGAGCCAGCCGGGUCUCGACCAGCCCCCCAUCCAGUCCGCCUCUCAGUUCAGGAAGUGUAAAGCAAAGACUGUCCCCUGAAAGCAAGGAGUCGUCCUGCCCCCCAGACUCUCCUGUUUCCAGAGCAGAAAGGUCCAAGCUGCAAGUGAGAAGUUCUAGUGCCAUCCGAAGGGCGUCUUCGUUGGACGCCAUCACAGGACCCUACCUGACGGGCCAGUGGCCUCGAGACUCCCAUGGACCCUACCCCUCCUGUAUGAAAGACAAAUCCACACAGACGCCGGGUGUUUGGAGUGACGAAGGAUCAGAUCUGGGGAGUCCUCACCAGCGUUCCGCCUCGUGGGGGAGUGCGGACCACCUGAAAGAGCAGAUUGCCAAACUGAGGCUGCAGCUGCAGCGCAGCAAACAGGUGACCCGGCAGACCAAAGACCGGGACCAGGUCUCACUGCAGCUGCCGCAGCCGGCACAGCACGCCGCUACCUGCCAACCACAGCACAAGGGAACUUCGAGUCUGAUGACAACCCCGCUGACUAAAUCCCUCAUAUGUCGAGUGCCAAGCAGUGUUGAAGCCAUCAACCGUGAGCUGGAAAACGUCUUCAUCAGAGACGACUGGGAGCACGGCAUGCAGGCCAUGGAGGUGGCGGAUGGCCGCCGCGCUCCGUUCCCCCCUCAUCGCCACAGCGGGGACACGCGUGACACGGACACUCAGGCCCCUUCGAGCGGCGAAUCAAGCCCGUCUCCACGCCCCUGCAGCACCGACCACCUCCACUCCCCAGAUGGAAGUCCCUGUUCUACAGAUGAAAUCGAUAAAGACAGUGUGUGCAGCUCUCCUCUACCCAAGUUCGCCACUUCUCCCAAACCCAACAACAGCUACAUGUUCAAACGGGAACCACCAGAGGGAUGCGAGAAGGUCAAAGUGUUCGAGGAGUUUGUGUCUGGCACCUCGAAAGGCUUCCCUCUGUUCUCCUGCCCCGACAAAAACAAGGUGAACUUCAUCCCCCGAGGCUCCGCCUUCUGCCCCGUCAAACUCCUCUGCUCCUCCCUCUUCUCCCCCAUCUCCUCAGUCAGCGGCGGCCUGGGCCCCCAGCUCACCGUCACGCCGGUACCCGCCUCCUUUCCGGCCUUCGCCGACCCGAGCGGCGACGUGACGUCAAACGGUGGCACGGACAGCCCGAACUCUGAGGCCGACGUGGGGAGGGACGGCGCGGCACACGUGCUCCUCACCAGCUAGUCCUCAGGUAUUCAGGACCAAACCGUCUACAAACGAAGCGCCGCAGCUCUCAGGUGGUUUGGUUUUAGAAUAAAAAUGAAUAAAGCAAAAAAUAAAAAUACUUGCACUCCGAUAAUCCUAACGUUAGCCAGCAGGGAGCGGCGAGCGCCUGAGGUCUGAAACGACCAGCGCCUCUGAGGAUCAUGGUACCAGCGUCUCUGCUUCACCUCGAGGUCAGCUAACGUUUUACACGUCACACUUGAUGGUUUGGACUUCAGCGACCUCGGGCGCCCCCUCCACCCAUCACUAACCUAGCCUUCUCUGUACCAGGACAGCAGCCUCAGCAGGAAUAUAUUUACUUUUUGUGCAACAGUUAGAGCCGACAGCUCAGAUUAUUCUGCUUAUUGUUGGCGAGAAUCAAAAAAGAAAAAAAACAAGAAAUUAAAAAAAAAACGGUGUUGUGCUCCCGUUAUUUAAUCAGCUCAUCAGCUGCUCUGCGUUCAACAAGCUAAAAAGUGUUUAGAUAUUUGAGUGUCUUAAAGACGGACCACUAAGGCUCACAGGGUUACACAGCUUUUUAAAUAUUUUUACAUAAUGAAUGUAUUUUUUUACCCACGAUCUCUGAGAAAACAGGAGUUUGAGUUAAAGCUCCACCCAUCAGCCUCACGAGGCGAAACCACCGACGUGUGUCAAAAUGCAGGUCCUGCCUCCUCCACGCAAACGUUUACUUGUAAUUUCGUUACGCACAUGCUGAGAAAAAAUGAGAUUGAUUGUGGGUGAGCAGUAGGCGGGGCUUAAAGUUCCUAAAUCUAACACGGCUUCCUUUAAACCGGUUCCUGCUGGCUUUAGUUUUAUUGUAAAACAUGUCGAUCUGCUCACAAACCACUGGGAAGCUGCGCAUAAAAUGCAGAUAAUCACAGACCAAGUGACCAAUCAGGAAGCACCCUGCUCCUUUUUUAAAUGUUUUUAAUUCCCCCCACACUAAACACAGCGAUAUCUCAGGUGUUUUGGAAUGUCCUUGCUGUGACCGUGUUACCUGUCGCCAGUGUUCAGAACCUUCUUUUACUCACGUUUCAGACCGACUGGUUGUAACAUCAGAUGCUAUUUGAUAAACUUCAAUUGUUAGGUGUUUAUAAACUAUCUUAAAAUAUAUAUUUAUAUUGUCACAUGGAUGGCGUCAUAUUAUUUACGCUGCAAAGCAUACUGGGUAAAUGAUGUAAACACGUCAACCCCGUUGGGCUUUUAGCUGUAUCUUUACCCUCAAAAGUUCGUAAUUUUCAUAAAAGAGCCGUAUUACUCAAACGCGGGGUGGGCGGGGUUAAAGUGGACUGUCGGCUGCGGGGGCAGGCAGAACGUGAGGAACUAAUUUCUACUAAUUUCUAAUUUCUAACUUUAUUUAUUGUUUUUUAUUUUACGUCCUACAGACUCUGAGACGUAAAAUAAAUUUGAUGACGUUUAGUAGGUGUUCAAGUUCAACU